AUGGAGUUCACCAACCUCGGAAAAUGUCUUUGUUUGGCUUUGAUCCUCGUCAUGUUUGGAGCUUGGUCUUCUGAAGCCACUUCUCGCACUCUCCAAGAUGCAUCAAUGUAUGGGAGAUACAAGCAAUGGAUGGAUCAUUAUGGACGUGUCUAUAAUGAGAUCAAUGAAAAGAAGAAGCGCUUCCAGAUAUUCAAGGAAAAUGUAGCAUUUGUAGAAUCAUCCAACAAUGAUGCAAGCAAACCUUACAAAUUAAGUGUCAAUCAAUUUGCAGACCUUACAAAUGAAGAAUUCAUUGCCUCUAGAAAUCGAAUCAAGGGGCAUGAAUGUUCCACAAAGACCACAUCUUUCAAGUAUGAAAAUGUUACUGUGCCAGCUACUGUGGACUGGAGACAGAAAGGAGCUGUAACCCCAAUCAAGGAUCAAGGCCAAUGUGGAUCAUGUUGGGCUUUCUCAGCUGUGGCAACCAUGGAAGGAAUCACUCAACUUUCAACAGGUAAACUUAUCUCUUUGUCUGAGCAAGAGCUAGUUGACUGUGAUGUGAAUGGUGGAGACCAAGGUUGUGAGGGUGGCUUGAUCGACAAUGCCUUUGAGUUCAUCGAUCAAAAUCAUGGACUUAGUACUGAAGCUAAUUACCCCUACACCGGUGUUGAUGGUACAUGCAAUGCCCAGAAGGAAGCCAGCCAUGCAGCCUCGAUAACUGGUCACGAAGAUGUGCCGGCAAAUAAUGAAAGUGCCCUUCUUAAGGCCGUCGCUAAUCAACCCAUUUCCGUUGCCAUUGAUGCUAGUAGUUCGGAUUUCCAAUUCUAUUCAAGUGGUGUUUUCACAGGAACUUGCGGAACAAGCGGUUUGCCAUUGAUGCUAAACCAUGGUGUUACCGCAGUAGGUUAUGGCGUCAGUGAUGAUAGGACUAAGUAUUGGUUGGUUAAGAACUCAUGGGGGGCACAAUGGGGUGAAGAAGGGUACAUCAGAAUGCAAAGAGAUGUUGCUGAGAAGGAAGGUCUGUGUGGUAUUGCUAUGGCAGCCUCUUAUCCCACUACAUAA